AUGCCUCCGAAAGCACGUAACGCGCCUGGUCGAAGAGCCGCCGCAACUGAAGAAGCGCCUAUCGCAUUGCCUCUAAAACGAGGACGCGCGCCUAAAGCCGAUGCCGUUGAAGCCAUUCUCGAGCCCCCGAAGAAGCGUGGGCGUCCCGCUAAAGCGAAAGCCGAAGAGCCCGUUGUUGAAGCCGCGCCGGAGCCCAAGAAACGCGGUCGCCCACCCAAAGUUGCGCCUGAGCCCGCUAUUGAAGCACCUGUAGUCAAGAAGGGUAGAGGAAGGCCCAAGAAAGAGGUUCUAUCAGCACAAGAAGAAGUGCCUGUCAAAAACCGUAGAGGCCGUCCUCGUAAAACAGACGUUAUCGCAGAUGCACCGCCAGCUAUACGGAAGCGUGGUCGUCCUGCGCGCACUGCAGCCAUUGACCUCAAUCGGGUUGUUGGCUCUUCCCGCAUCGGAAAGCGUUCCUCUCCUCGUACCAAGGCCAAGGCUGAGCCAGUCGCCCGCCGUCUUGAUCCACGGGUGCGUUCGAAGUUGCGAAUCCGUCUGCCUCCGGCCAAAAAGACUAUCACAGCAGAGUCCGUCACAAAGCCAGGUCUGAAGCCAACUGCUAGGCGAGGAAGACCGCCUAAUAAUACUGUCCCUGCUCCAAAGGAACCUGCAGUCGCGAAACCCGCGAAGCCCACGAAGCCCGCUAAGCCUCUUGCUCCUCGCAAAAUGCGCGGCCACACAGUGCGCCAAAUUCCUGACCGAUACGUCGCGCAAGUCGAUGAAUAUCUGCAAGAGCUUAUCGCAGCGAACGCAUCUCCUGUCGAAGAGGAACAAGCAGAGGAUGAAGUACAAGGAGAGGAUGGCUCAAUCGCUGAAGAUACCGCUGAGGACGGCCAGGACGCUCUAGUGUCUUCAGAGCAAGACCGAGAGCAGUACCAAGAGUACAGUGAUGAUGGCGGUAUUGACGUGGAUGGUGCUGAAGACGCAGAGGAACUGCCGGAGAAUGUCGAGUUCCUCGAAGAGAACAACCGAAAUAACAAGUCGCCCGAAGACGACGACGAUAACAAUGGGAGAGACGAGAACGCCGAGCCGGUACAACAGGUUGAGGUGAGCAUAUAG